AUGGCUCCCGCACCAAUAUCUAUUCCCCUCUUCGCCGAAACCCAGCUCCACCUCCUCCUUCAAGAACAUGAAGCCGAAGUCGCAUCCUCCUCCCUCGCAGGCACAGCUGCAUCAGUAUCACCAUCCACUCGUCGCACCCUCCAAGCCACCGGCUACGCACUAACGGGUCUAAUACUGUCGCAAUGUCGCACAGGUCUUGGGGGUAGAGUCGUGGGCGAGUUCGCGCCAGAUCCCGCGAUCGCAUCUAAAUCUACAGAUGGUGAUUCGCGCGCUUCGGAUGGACAGCCGCGGCUUGGACCUCAUGGGAUCCGAGUUGGAGAUGUCGUUCGUGUGAAUGACAUCGCGACUGCAGCGAAAAAGACGAGCAAGGAUAAGAAAGACGCGAAAGAUGCGAAGGUGGCGGGGCCUGAGGGUGUUGUUACGAGGGUUACUGAUAAAGGGAUCUGGAUUGCUUUUGGUCAGAAUGGAGGCCACUCUAAGGAGGACGAUGAAUCUGUUGAGGAGCUUUGGGGGAAGAAACUGUGGCUCAUCAAACUUGCCAAUGAUGUUACGUAUCGACGCAUGAGACAGACGAUGGAGAAAAUGACGAAAAUGACGGAGGUAGAUCAUUCUCAUUUUAUGCGUGUUGCAUUUGGCCACACCACUCCCCUACAACCGGACUACGAUGCCGCAGGUCUCAUCGAGUUCAGCGAUCCCACUCUCAACGAAUCCCAGAAAGAAGCCAUUCGAUUUGCGCUGGGCUCUCAAGACAUCGCUCUUAUCCACGGCCCUCCGGGCACAGGAAAAACACACACCAUUAUCGAACUCAUCAUGCAGAUGGUGCAGCGCAAGAAACGCAUUCUAGUGUGUGGGCCGUCCAAUGUGUCAGUUGAUAACAUUGUCGAGCGACUAGCUCCUAAAAAGGUCCCAGUUGUGCGAAUCGGUCAUCCAGCUCGUCUGCUACCAUCCGUGCUAGAGCAUUCCCUUGAAGUGCUCACGCAGACUUCCGAUGCUGCGGGUAUUGUGAAGGAUGUACGCAAGGAAAUUGACGAGAAACAGGCCAGUAUUCGUAAGACGAAGAGCGGUCGUGAACGAAGGGCUAUCUACGACGACUUGAAACUUCUUCGCAAAGAAUUUCGAGUGCGCGAGUCGAAAUGUGUUGCUAACUUGGUAGGCGAGAGCAGUGUUGUCCUGGCUACUCUUCACGGUGCUGGAGGUCACCAGCUCAAGAACCAGAAGUUUGAUAUAGUUAUUAUAGACGAGGCGAGUCAGGCGCUAGAAGCACAGUGCUGGAUUCCACUACUCUCUGCAGAGAAGGUGGUACUCGCCGGUGACCAUCUACAAUUACCGCCGACUGUCAAAUCGACCAACCAAAAGUCCGGCGACAAGACUACUAACCCCGAUGCAAAGGAAAUACUAAAAGGCUUCUCGUUGGAAAGGACACUGUUCGAUCGCCUACUGAUACUUCAUGGCUCGGGCAUCAAACGAAUGCUGACCACUCAGUAUCGAAUGCAUGAGAAGAUCAUGCGUUUCCCAUCUGAAGAGCUUUACGAAGGGAAGUUGACAGCCGAUGACUCUGUCAAAGCCCGUCUUCUAGCCGACCUACCUGACGCACAAGAUACAGACGAUACCCGCGAGCCCCUCGUCUUCUGGGACACGCAAGGCGGAGACUUCCCUGAGAAAGUAGACGAUGAAGACAAGAAGGAGCGCUUCCUUGGCGAAAGUAAGAGCAACGAGAUGGAAGCGUUGGUCGUUGCCAGACACGUCGAUACACUGAUCAAGGCGGGUGUCAGAGCCGAAAGCAUCGCUGUAAUCACCCCGUACAACGGCCAGCGGGCAAUAUUGUCCCAGAUGCUUCGAGAAAAGUAUCCAGGACUUGAACUGGGCAGCAUCGAUGGAUUCCAGGGCCGCGAAAAGGAAGCUGUUGUUGUUAGUCUUGUGCGCAGUAACGCUGAGCAUGAAGUUGGAUUUCUUGGAGAGAAGCGAAGGCUCAAUGUGGCUAUGACCCGCCCCAAGCGGCACUUGUGUAUCUGUGGGGACUCGGAAACCAUCAGUCGUGGCAGCAGUUUUCUAAAACAUUGGAUGGAUUACUUGGAGGAGAAUGCCGACUUGCGAUACCCUGAUGCCGGGGAGCUGCUUUAG